AUGACUUUGUGCAAUCUCUCACCAAGAACGAAAUGUUUGAUCACCGACGUUGAGGAUGUUGACAGUGAAAUAGAGGCUUUGGGUGAAAAGGUUCGCCAUUUGACCGUAAGACUGAAACCUGGUGAGCCACUCCCACCUUCGAAUGCAUAUUACAAUUGCAAAAAUCUACGUUCACUCACAAAAAUCUCAUAUUCGAGGUUUGAUACAUCUAUUGCUAUGAUAGACUCAAACUUUAUUCUACAAUUGAAAUAUCUUAGGACAUUAAAUUUGAGUUACAGUAGCAUAAGUGAAGUCCCUAAGGAAAUUUGUGAAUUGAUACAUUUGAGGCACAUUGAUUUGUCAUGGAAUCAUGGUUUUAAGAGAUUGCCGGACAGUAUCUGUGAGUUGUACAAUUUGUAUACCAUGCGCCUCCUUAGUUGCUGGUCACUUGAAAAACUACCUGAUAACAUGGGAAAGUUGAUUAGCUUAAAGUACCUUGAUGUUUUGGGCUGUCAUAAGCUGGAGUACUUGCCAAAAGGGAUUCGGAGAUUAAAAAAAAGUUUGAAAACAGUAGAUGGGUUUGUUGUGGUUUAUGGUGAGGAUGAGGACAGAGCAUUACAACUGGCAGAUCUGAGAGUCUUUAGCCUCCAGGGUAGACUCACCAUAAAAUUGAAGGGGAAUGUGAAAGAUGAGAGGGAGCUUGAGAAGGCGCAGUUGUGGGACUUGAAGCAAUUAUUUCAUCUUGGAAUUGAUUCUAAGGAUGUCUUGUACAAGCAGAUGAGAAGCACAAUCGAAAUACUGAAUGCUUUACGACCGCAUGAAAAUCUGGAAUCCAUAUGCAUUUCCUAUCAUUCAGGCGCCACCUGCCCCAGUUGGAUGAUGUCUUUGCACAACUUAAGAAUCAUUAGUCUAUCUAGAUGGAGUGAAUGCAAGUUUUUGCCUCCUCUUGGGAAAUUGCCCCACCUUGAAAAGCUGACUAUGUAUGGUAUGGAGAAGGUGGAAAAGAUUGGUGGUGAAUUUUUGGGAAUAGUUGACUCAGAUGAAACGUCGUUGACAUCAUCAUCAUCAUCCACCUCAUUUUUUCCAAAGUUGAAAGAAUUCGAAAUUUGUUUCAUGUCAACGUUGGAGGAGUGGGAAGUAGGCGUGGAAGGGUGGAACAAAGAGGAUUCUGAAAUUUCAAUCAUGCCAUGUCUUUCCUCUUUAGAAAUUAGUUACUGUAAAGGCAUAAAAACACUGCCAGACUUCCUCUGCAAAACACCACUGCAGGAUCUUAUCAUUAAGGCUUGUCCCAUGCUUUCAAAGCAAUGUGAACAAAGCAGUGGAGAGGAGUGGCCCGAGAUUUCUCACAUCCCAAACAUCAAAAUCUCAACAUACUGGUAG